AUGGGAAGUAGCGAGUCGAGUCAAGUGAUUAAGGACGACGCACGUCGACAGCGUUCGACGGUAAGUCGCAAUGCAUCGGCCCGGUCGCAACAACAGGACAAGAAAAAGCCGACAAAAGCCUCAAAGAAGGAGGCGACGACGGCUAACAACGGUUCCUCGACCGACGUUUCGAUCGUGCAGGACGGCUCGUCGACCAAUGUUUCGACGGCCAAGGACGGUACGACGACGGCCAUCACCACGAGCGCCGACGGACACACCGUUACGACCGUGGUCACGAGACCUGAUGGCUCCAGUGAGACGACCAUUGAAAUCAUCACCACCACGGAGACAGAGGUGGACGUGACGCAACAGAUCGAAAGCCCCACGGCGGCGGCUGUGGCGCACGCUGUGGCCGACUUUGAGAGCGUGAGCGAGGAGAGCACGAGCGAGGAGAGCACGAGCAUCCAGAACCUUGCAGAGCUUGCUUGGCACGCCUGGAGCGAAAGCGCCACGGCUGCCGCCAUGGGCGUGAAGGAGACGACAGCCGAGAUACUGCGUAUCUUGAGCGACAACUCGGGUGUGCUCUUCACCAGUACCGUCGUGACGCCUCAGACCGUGCGAGACGAUAUCAUCGACGGUCAGGCUGGUAAAGAGUGGAAAAAGGAGGACUUUCAAAAGUUGGUGCCUGGCUUCUUAACCUAUGUGACGAGCCACGGUCGCCGCUUUGAGACAGUGACUGCUGUGGAGCUCUUCAUCUUUGCGCGUGCUUUUUGUCGUUUCCGUGUGCUGAAAUAUAAAGUGGAUCAAGAGAAAGAAAAACAAAAAAGUAUGGCGGAGCGUGUGCUUGGUGUUGCUGAGCGCCGCUCCAAGGAGCGCAAACUGGCGUGGGAAUUGGCUCGCGCAUUCACGCUCUACUACCCCGAGUUCCCCAUCCGCCGCCGCGGUCUACGCUUCAGUAAGACCAAUGCAGUGCUCAUGGACCAAGCUCCUGUAGAGAACGAGUCGUCAUUUGAGUUUAUUCUGAUGAAUCGUCGGUUGUCCAAGUGGCUUCGCAAGGUCAUCGUGAUUUCGCUAUUGCGUGAUGCAUCCGAGGACUGCACUCGUGCGGAAAAUGUAAUUGUGCUUCACGAUGGAGAGGUUGUGCGUAGCGGUUCGUGGGAACAGAUGAUCAAGUACAUGCAAGAACUAGGUGUUCAAUGUCCCUCACAAAAAGAUGUGGCCCUGUGUAUGGGUGAUAAGAACACGACAGCAGCGCUAUUUGACCAUCACGAGGCAUCGAUAAAGCAAACAGCAAUCGUUAGACUUGCCGACGAGGUAAUUAUAAUGUCCGGAUCGCCCAUUGUCGAUGGAGAAGAAGACAGCGAGAGUUAUCUCAUGCAAACCGGCAGCUAUAACAACGUGCAAGCUUUACCAACGACGAAGCAAGCUGAGACACUUUUGGAUAAACGUGUGCGUGAAUGUUACAUGUACGAGGCGCGCUCGGAAAAAGAGUCCUACGACUGCGAUGACAUUGAAGACGACAGAGGCAAAUUUGAUGCUGGCGAUUGGCUUAUGUCCUGGUUCAAGCAACAAACCCAUGGUCCACCACUCACCACAAAGGCCGCUGCUCGAAAACUCAUCGCCAACUGGACGACCAAAAUAGAGCAAAAGCCGAAAAACUCUGAUGGAGCAGUAAAAUCAGAAGUGUUCCGCUGGGAGAAAGCUGACGGCAGCAUCGUGACCAAGACUGUGCGCACGACGACGCGUACCGAGACGUCCCCCGCCGGUGAGCUCGUGACGACGAUCGAGGUGGAGACGGCGACAGAGACGGAGACGAAGGGAGGUGCUACGAGCACGACAGUGGAGACGACGACAGAGACGGCCACCGAGAUGGAUGUGAUGACGUCGGACGUCGCUUCGACCGCGGGCAUGACCGCGAUCAGCUCAACGGAGGAAGCUGGCGCAACGCCGGGCGAGACAGUGAAGACGGAGGUGUUCCGCUCCGAGGAAGCUGACGGCAGCAUCGUGACCAAGACUGUGCGCACGACGACGCGUACCGAGACGUCCCCCGCCGGUGAGCUCGUGACGACGAUCGAGGUGGAGACGGCGACAGAGACGGAGACGAAGGGAGGUGCUACGAGCACGACAGUGGAGACGACGACAGAGACGGCCACCGAGAUGGAUGUGAUGACGUCGGACGUCGCUUCGACCGCGGGCAUGACCGCGAUCAGCUCAACGGAGGAAGCUGGCGCAACGCCGGGCGAGACAGUGAAGACGGAGGUGUUCCGCUCCGAGGAAGCUGACGGCAGCAUCGUGACCAAGACUGUGCGCACGACGACGCGUACCGAGACGUCCCCCGCCGGUGAGCUCGUGACGACGAUCGAGGUGGAGACGGCGACAGAGACGGAGACGAAGGGAGGUGCUACGAGCACGACAGUGGAGACGACGACAGAGACGGCCACCGAGAUGGAUGUGAUGACGUCGGACGUCGCUUCGACCGCGGGCAUGACCGCGAUCAGCUCAACGGAGGAAGCUGGCGCAACGCCGGGCGAGACAGUGAAGACGGAGGUGUUCCGCUCCGAGGAAGCUGACGGCAGCAUCGUGACCAAGACUGUGCGCACGACGACGCGUACCGAGACGUCCCCCGCCGGUGAGCUCGUGACGACGAUCGAGGUGGAGACGGCGACAGAGACGGAGACGAAGGGAGGUGCUACGAGCACGACAGUGGAGACGACGACAGAGACGGCCACCGAGAUGGAUGUGAUGACGUCGGACGUCGCUUCGACCGCGGGCAUGACCGCGAUCAGCUCAACGGAGGAAGCUGGCGCAACGCCGGGCGAGACAGUGAAGACGGAGGUGUUCCGCUCCGAGGAAGCUGACGGCAGCAUCGUGACCAAGACUGUGCGCACGACGACGCGUACCGAGACGUCCCCCGCCGGUGAGCUCGUGACGACGAUCGAGGUGGAGACGGCGACAGAGACGGAGACGAAGGGAGGUGCUACGAGCACGACAGUGGAGACGACGACAGAGACGGCCACCGAGAUGGAUGUGAUGACGUCGGACGUCGCUUCGACCGCGGGCAUGACCGCGAUCAGCUCAACGGAGGAAGCUGGCGCAACGCCGGGCGAGACAGUGAAGACGGGGGUGGAAGAGACGACCGAGGAGACCGUGGACGAGACCGAUGUGAAGGAGGGCAAGAAGCCCAAGUCGAAGAAAAACCGCAAGCCGAAGCGCAAGCCGACUGCGGGCACGACCGAGGACGAGACCACGGAGGUGACGGAAGUGACUACUGAGACGGUUGUAGUGACCGAGGAAGUGCCAGCUACUACGGAGGAGACGACGGAGGUGACGGAAGUGACCACCGAGACGUUCGAUAUCACGGAAGUGAAACCCGAAGAGACGACGGAAGUGAUCGAAGUGACGGAGGUGACCACCACCGAGACGACCGAGGAAACCGUGGACGAGACCGAUGUGAAGGAGGGCAAGAAGCCCAAGUCGAAGAAAAACCGCAAGCCGAAGCGCAAGCCGACUGCGGGCACGACCGAGGACGAGACCACGGAGGUGACGGAAGUGACUACUGAGACGGUUGUAGUGACCGAGGAAGUGCCAGCUACUACGGAGGAGACGACGGAGGUGACGGAAGUGACGGAAGUGACCACCGAGACGUUCGAUAUCACGGAAGUGAAACCCGAAAAGACGACGGAAGUGAUCGAAGUGACGGAGGUGACCACCACCGAGACGACCGAGGAAACCGUGGACGAGACCGAUGUGAAGGAGGGCAAGAAGCCCAAGUCGAAGAAAAACCGCAAGCCGAAGCGCAAGCCGACUGCGGGCACGAUCGAGGACGAGACCACGGAGGUGACGGAAGUGACUACUGAGACGGUUGUAGUGACCGAGGAAGUGCCAGCUACUACGGAGGAGACGACGGAGGUGACGGAAGUGACCACCGAGACGUUCGAUAUCACGGAAGUGAAACCCGAAGAGACGACGGAAGUGAUCGAAGUGACGGAGGUGACCACCACCGAGACGACCGAGGAAACCGUGGACGAGACCGAUGUGAAGGAGGGCAAGAAGCCCAAGUCGAAGAAAAACCGCAAGCCGAAGCGCAAGCCGACUGCGGGCACGAUCGAGGACGAGACCACGGAGGUGACGGAAGUGACUACUGAGACGGUUGUAGUGACCGAGGAAGUGCCAGCUACUACGGAGGAGACGACGGAGGUGACGGAAGUGACCACCGAGACGUUCGAUAUCACGGAAGUGAAACCCGAAGAGACGACGGAAGUGAUCGAAGUGACGGAGGUGACCACCACCGAGACGACCGAGGAGACCGUGGACGAGACCGAUGUGAAGGAGGGCAAGAAGCCCAAGUCGAAGAAAAACCGCAAGCCGAAGCGCAAGCCGACUGCGGGCACGAUCGAGGACGAGACCACGGAGGUGACGGAAGUGACUACUGAGACGGUUGUAGUGACCGAGGAAGUGCCAGCUACUACGGAGGAGACGACGGAGGUGACGGAAGUGACCACCGAGACGUUCGAUAUCACGGAAGUGAAACCCGAAGAGACGACGGAAGUGAUCGAAGUGACGGAGGUGACCACCACCGAGACGACCGAGGAGACCGUGGACGAGACCGAUGUGAAGGAGGGCAAGAAGCCCAAGUCGAAGAAAAACCGCAAGCCGAAGCGCAAGCCGACUGCGGGCACGACCGAGGACGAGACCACGGAGGUGACGGAAGUGACUACUGAGACGGUUGUAGUGACCGAGGAAGUGCCAGCCACUACGGAGGAGACGACGGAGGUGACGGAAGUGACCACCGAGACGUUCGAUAUCACGGAAGUGAAACCCGAAGAGACGACGGAAGUGAUCGAAGUGACGGAAGUGACCACCACCGAGACGACCGAGGAGACCGUGGACGAGACCGAUGUGAAGGAGGGCAAGAAGCCCAAGUCGAAGAAAAACCGCAAGCCGAAGCGCAAGCCGACUGCGGGCACGAUCGAGGACGAGACCACGGAGGUGACGGAAGUGACUACUGAGACGGUUGUAGUGACCGAGGAAGUGCCAGCUACUACGGAGGAGACGACGGAGGUGACGGAAGUGACCACCGAGACGUUCGAUAUCACGGAAGUGAAACCCGAAGAGACGACGGAAGUGAUCGAAGUGACGGAAGUGACCACCACCGAGACGACCGAGGAGACCGUGGACGAGACCGAUGUGAAGGAGGGCAAGAAGCCCAAGUCGAAGAAAAACCGCAAGCCGAAGCGCAAGCCGACUGCGGGCACGAUCGAGGACGAGACCACGGAGGUGACGGAAGUGACUACUGAGACGGUUGUAGUGACCGAGGAAGUGCCAGCCACUACGGAGGAGACGACGGAGGUGACGGAAGUGACCACCGAGACGUUCGAUAUCACGGAAGUGAAACCCGAAGAGACGACGGAAGUGAUCGAAGUGACGGAAGUGACCACCACCGAGACGACCGAGGAAACCGUGGACGAGACCGAUGUGAAGGAGGGCAAGAAGCCCAAGUCGAAGAAAAACCGCAAGCCGAAGCGCAAGCCGACUGCGGGCACGAUCGAGGACGAGACCACGGAGGUGACGGAAGUGACUACUGAGACGGUUGUAGUGACCGAGGAAGUGCCAGCCACUACGGAGGAGACGACCGAGGUGACGGAAGUGACCACCGAGACGUUCGAUAUCACGGAAGUGAAACCCGAAGAGACGACGGAAGUGAUCGAAGUGACGGAAGUGACCACCACCGAGACGACCGAGGAGACCGUGGACGAGACCGAUGUGAAGGAGGGCAAGAAGCCCAAGUCGAAGAAAAACCGCAAGCCGAAGCGCAAGCCGACUGCGGGCACGAUCGAGGACGAGACCACGGAGGUGACGGAAGUGACUACUGAGACGGUUGUAGUGACCGAGGAAGUGCCAGCUACUACGGAGGAGACGACGGAGGUGACGGAAGUGACCACCGAGACGUUCGAUAUCACGGAAGUGAAACCCGAAGAGACGACGGAAGUGAUCGAAGUGACGGAAGUGACCACCACCGAGACGACCGAGGAGACCGUGGACGAGACCGAUGUGAAGGAGGGCAAGAAGCCCAAGUCGAAGAAAAACCGCAAGCCGAAGCGCAAGCCGACUGCGGGCACGAUCGAGGACGAGACCACGGAGGUGACGGAAGUGACUACUGAGACGGUUGUAGUGACCGAGGAAGUGCCAGCUACUACGGAGGAGACGACGGAGGUGACGGAAGUGACCACCGAGACGUUCGAUAUCACGGAAGUGAAACCCGAAGAGACGACGGAAGUGAUCGAAGUGACGGAGGUGACCACCACCGAGACGACCGAGGAAACCGUGGACGAGACCGAUGUGAAGGAGGGCAAGAAGCCCAAGUCGAAGAAAAACCGCAAGCCGAAGCGCAAGCCGACUGCGGGCACGAUCGAGGACGAGACCACGGAGGUGACGGAAGUGACUACUGAGACGGUUGUAGUGACCGAGGAAGUGCCAGCCACUACGGAGGAGACGACGGAGGUGACGGAAGUGACCACCGAGACGUUCGAUAUCACGGAAGUGAAACCCGAAGAGACGACGGAAGUGAUCGAAGUGACGGAAGUGACCACCACCGAGACGACCGAGGAAACCGUGGACGAGACCGAUGUGAAGGAGGGCAAGAAGCCCAAGUCGAAGAAAAACCGCAAGCCGAAGCGCAAGCCGACUGCGGGCACGAUCGAGGACGAGACCACGGAGGUGACGGAAGUGACUACUGAGACGGUUGUAGUGACCGAGGAAGUGCCAGCUACUACGGAGGAGACGACGGAGGUGACGGAAGUGACCACCGAGACGUUCGAUAUCACGGAAGUGAAACCCGAAGAGACGACGGAAGUGAUCGAAGUGACGGAGGUGACCACCACCGAGACGACCGAGGAAACCGUGGACGAGACCGAUGUGAAGGAGGGCAAGAAGCCCAAGUCGAAGAAAAACCGCAAGCCGAAGCGCAAGCCGACUGCGGGCACGAUCGAGGACGAGACCACGGAGGUGACGGAAGUGACUACUGAGACGGUUGUAGUGACCGAGGAAGUGCCAGCCACUACGGAGGAGACGACGGAGGUGACGGAAGUGACCACCGAGACGUUCGAUAUCACGGAAGUGAAACCCGAAGAGACGACGGAAGUGAUCGAAGUGACGGAAGUGACCACCACCGAGACGACCGAGGAGACCGUGGACGAGACCGAUGUGAAGGAGGGCAAGAAGCCCAAGUCGAAGAAAAACCGCAAGCCGAAGCGCAAGCCGACUGCGGGCACGAUCGAGGACGAGACCACGGAGGUGACGGAAGUGACUACUGAGACGGUUGUAGUGACCGAGGAAGUGCCAGCCACUACGGAGGAGACGACGGAGGUGACGGAAGUGACCACCGAGACGUUCGAUAUCACGGAAGUGAAACCCGAAGAGACGACGGAAGUGAUCGAAGUGACGGAGGUGACCACCACCGAGACGACCGAGGAAACCGUGGACGAGACCGAUGUGAAGGAGGGCAAGAAGCCCAAGUCGAAGAAAAACCGCAAGCCGAAGCGCAAGCCGACUGCGGGCACGAUCGAGGACGAGACCACGGAGGUGACGGAAGUGACUACUGAGACGGUUGUAGUGACCGAGGAAGUGCCAGCUACUACGGAGGAGACGACGGAGGUGACGGAAGUGACCACCGAGACGUUCGAUAUCACGGAAGUGAAACCCGAAGAGACGACGGAAGUGAUCGAAGUGACGGAGGUGACCACCACCGAGACGACCGAGGAAACCGUGGACGAGACCGAUGUGAAGGAGGGCAAGAAGCCCAAGUCGAAGAAAAACCGCAAGCCGAAGCGCAAGCCGACUGCGGGCACGAUCGAGGACGAGACCACGGAGGUGACGGAAGUGACUACUGAGACGGUUGUAGUGACCGAGGAAGUGCCAGCCACUACGGAGGAGACGACGGAGGUGACGGAAGUGACCACCGAGACGUUCGAUAUCACGGAAGUGAAACCCGAAGAGACGACGGAAGUGAUCGAAGUGACGGAAGUGACCACCACCGAGACGACCGAGGAGACCGUGGACGAGACCGAUGUGAAGGAGGGCAAGAAGCCCAAGUCGAAGAAAAACCGCAAGCCGAAGCGCAAGCCGACUGCGGGCACGAUCGAGGACGAGACCACGGAGGUGACGGAAGUGACUACUGAGACGGUUGUAGUGACCGAGGAAGUGCCAGCUACUACGGAGGAGACGACGGAGGUGACGGAAGUGACCACCGAGACGUUCGAUAUCACGGAAGUGAAACCCGAAGAGACGACGGAAGUGAUCGAAGUGACGGAGGUGACCACCACCGAGACGACCGAGGAGACCGUGGACGAGACCGAUGUGAAGGAGGGCAAGAAGCCCAAGUCGAAGAAAAACCGCAAGCCGAAGCGCAAGCCGACUGCGGGCACGACCGAGGACGAGACCACGGAGGUGACGGAAGUGACUACUGAGACGGUUGUAGUGACCGAGGAAGUGCCAGCCACUACGGAGGAGACGACGGAGGUGACGGAAGUGACCACCGAGACGUUCGAUAUCACGGAAGUGAAACCCGAAGAGACGACGGAAGUGAUCGAAGUGACGGAAGUGACCACCACCGAGACGACCGAGGAGACCGUGGACGAGACCGAUGUGAAGGAGGGCAAGAAGCCCAAGUCGAAGAAAAACCGCAAGCCGAAGCGCAAGCCGACUGCGGGCACGAUCGAGGACGAGACCACGGAGGUGACGGAAGUGACUACUGAGACGGUUGUAGUGACCGAGGAAGUGCCAGCUACUACGGAGGAGACGACGGAGGUGACGGAAGUGACCACCGAGACGUUCGAUAUCACGGAAGUGAAACCCGAAGAGACGACGGAAGUGAUCGAAGUGACGGAAGUGACCACCACCGAGACGACCGAGGAAACCGUGGACGAGACCGAUGUGAAGGAGGGCAAGAAGCCCAAGUCGAAGAAAAACCGCAAGCCGAAGCGCAAGCCGACUGCGGGCACGAUCGAGGACGAGACCACGGAGGUGACGGAAGUGACUACUGAGACGGUUGUAGUGACCGAGGAAGUGCCAGCCACUACGGAGGAGACGACGGAGGUGACGGAAGUGACCACCGAGACGUUCGAUAUCACGGAAGUGAAACCCGAAGAGACGACGGAAGUGAUCGAAGUGACGGAAGUGACCACCACCGAGACGACCGAGGAAACCGUGGACGAGACCGAUGUGAAGGAGGGCAAGAAGCCCAAGUCGAAGAAAAACCGCAAGCCGAAGCGCAAGCCGACUGCGGGCACGAUCGAGGACGAGACCACGGAGGUGACGGAAGUGACUACUGAGACGGUUGUAGUGACCGAGGAAGUGCCAGCCACUACGGAGGAGACGACGGAGGUGACGGAAGUGACCACCGAGACGUUCGAUAUCACGGAAGUGAAACCCGAAGAGACGACGGAAGUGAUCGAAGUGACGGAGGUGACCACCACCGAGACGACCGAGGAGACCGUGGACGAGACCGAUGUGAAGGAGGGCAAGAAGCCCAAGUCGAAGAAAAACCGCAAGCCGAAGCGCAAGCCGACUGCGGGCACGAUCGAGGACGAGACCACGGAGGUGACGGAAGUGACUACUGAGACGGUUGUAGUGACCGAGGAAGUGCCAGCCACUACGGAGGAGACGACGGAGGUGACGGAAGUGACCACCGAGACGUUCGAUAUCACGGAAGUGAAACCCGAAGAGACGACGGAAGUGAUCGAAGUGACGGAAGUGACCACCACCGAGACGACCGAGGAAACCGUGGACGAGACCGAUGUGAAGGAGGGCAAGAAGCCCAAGUCGAAGAAAAACCGCAAGCCGAAGCGCAAGCCGACUGCGGGCACGAUCGAGGACGAGACCACGGAGGUGACGGAAGUGACUACUGAGACGGUUGUAGUGACCGAGGAAGUGCCAGCCACUACGGAGGAGACGACGGAGGUGACGGAAGUGACCACCGAGACGUUCGAUAUCACGGAAGUGAAACCCGAAGAGACGACGGAAGUGAUCGAAGUGACGGAGGUGACCACCACCGAGACGACCGAGGAAACCGUGGACGAGACCGAUGUGAAGGAGGGCAAGAAGCCCAAGUCGAAGAAAAACCGCAAGCCGAAGCGCAAGCCGACUGCGGGCACGAUCGAGGACGAGACCACGGAGGUGACGGAAGUGACUACUGAGACGGUUGUAGUGACCGAGGAAGUGCCAGCUACUACGGAGGAGACGACGGAGGUGACGGAAGUGACCACCGAGACGUUCGAUAUCACGGAAGUGAAACCCGAAGAGACGACGGAAGUGAUCGAAGUGACGGAAGUGACCACCACCGAGACGACCGAGGAGACCGUGGACGAGACCGAUGUGAAGGAGGGCAAGAAGCCCAAGUCGAAGAAAAACCGCAAGCCGAAGCGCAAGCCGACUGCGGGCACGAUCGAGGACGAGACCACGGAGGUGACGGAAGUGACUACUGAGACGGUUGUAGUGACCGAGGAAGUGCCAGCUACUACGGAGGAGACGACGGAGGUGACGGAAGUGACCACCGAGACGUUCGAUAUCACGGAAGUGAAACCCGAAGAGACGACGGAAGUGAUCGAAGUGACGGAAGUGACCACCACCGAGACGACCGAGGAGACCGUGGACGAGACCGAUGUGAAGGAGGGCAAGAAGCCCAAGUCGAAGAAAAACCGCAAGCCGAAGCGCAAGCCGACUGCGGGCACGACCGAGGACGAGACCACGGAGGUGACGGAAGUGACUACUGAGACGGUUGUAGUGACCGAGGAAGUGCCAGCCACUACGGAGGAGACGACGGAGGUGACGGAAGUGACCACCGAGACGUUCGAUAUCACGGAAGUGAAACCCGAAGAGACGACGGAAGUGAUCGAAGUGACGGAGGUGACCACCACCGAGACGACCGAGGAGACCGUGGACGAGACCGAUGUGAAGGAGGGCAAGAAGCCCAAGUCGAAGAAAAACCGCAAGCCGAAGCGCAAGCCGACUGCGGGCACGACCGAGGACGAGACCACGGAGGUGACGGAAGUGACUACUGAGACGGUUGUAGUGACCGAGGAAGUGCCAGCCACUACGGAGGAGACGACGGAGGUGACGGAAGUGACCACCGAGACGUUCGAUAUCACGGAAGUGAAACCCGAAGAGACGACGGAAGUGAUCGAAGUGACGGAAGUGACCACCACCGAGACGACCGAGGAAACCGUGGACGAGACCGAUGUGAAGGAGGGCAAGAAGCCCAAGUCGAAGAAAAACCGCAAGCCGAAGCGCAAGCCGACUGCGGGCACGAUCGAGGACGAGACCACGGAGGUGACGGAAGUGACUACUGAGACGGUUGUAGUGACCGAGGAAGUGCCAGCCACUACGGAGGAGACGACGGAGGUGACGGAAGUGACCACCGAGACGUUCGAUAUCACGGAAGUGAAACCCGAAGAGACGACGGAAGUGAUCGAAGUGACGGAAGUGACCACCACCGAGACGACCGAGGAGACCGUGGACGAGACCGAUGUGAAGGAGGGCAAGAAGCCCAAGUCGAAGAAAAACCGCAAGCCGAAGCGCAAGCCGACUGCGGGCACGACCGAGGACGAGACCACGGAGGUGACGGAAGUGACUACUGAGACGGUUGUAGUGACCGAGGAAGUGCCAGCCACUACGGAGGAGACGACGGAGGUGACGGAAGUGACCACCGAGACGUUCGAUAUCACGGAAGUGAAACCCGAAGAGACGACGGAAGUGAUCGAAGUGACGGAAGUGACCACCACCGAGACGACCGAGGAAACCGUGGACGAGACCGAUGUGAAGGAGGGCAAGAAGCCCAAGUCGAAGAAAAACCGCAAGCCGAAGCGCAAGCCGACUGCGGGCACGAUCGAGGACGAGACCACGGAGGUGACGGAAGUGACUACUGAGACGGUUGUAGUGACCGAGGAAGUGCCAGCCACUACGGAGGAGACGACGGAGGUGACGGAAGUGACCACCGAGACGUUCGAUAUCACGGAAGUGAAACCCGAAGAGACGACGGAAGUGAUCGAAGUGACGGAAGUGACCACCACCGAGACGACCGAGGAAACCGUGGACGAGACCGAUGUGAAGGAGGGCAAGAAGCCCAAGUCGAAGAAAAACCGCAAGCCGAAGCGCAAGCCGACUGCGGGCACGAUCGAGGACGAGACCACGGAGGUGACGGAAGUGACUACUGAGACGGUUGUAGUGACCGAGGAAGUGCCAGCCACUACGGAGGAGACGACGGAGGUGACGGAAGUGACCACCGAGACGUUCGAUAUCACGGAAGUGAAACCCGAAGAGACGACGGAAGUGAUCGAAGUGACGGAGGUGACCACCACCGAGACGACCGAGGAAACCGUGGACGAGACCGAUGUGAAGGAGGGCAAGAAGCCCAAGUCGAAGAAAAACCGCAAGCCGAAGCGCAAGCCGACUGCGGGCACGAUCGAGGACGAGACCACGGAGGUGACGGAAGUGACUACUGAGACGGUUGUAGUGACCGAGGAAGUGCCAGCCACUACGGAGGAGACGACGGAGGUGACGGAAGUGACCACCGAGACGUUCGAUAUCACGGAAGUGAAACCCGAAGAGACGACGGAAGUGAUCGAAGUGACGGAAGUGACCACCACCGAGACGACCGAGGAGACCGUGGACGAGACCGAUGUGAAGGAGGGCAAGAAGCCCAAGUCGAAGAAAAACCGCAAGCCGAAGCGCAAGCCGACUGCGGGCACGAUCGAGGACGAGACCACGGAGGUGACGGAAGUGACUACUGAGACGGUUGUAGUGACCGAGGAAGUGCCAGCCACUACGGAGGAGACGACCGAGGUGACGGAAGUGACCACCGAGACGUUCGAUAUCACGGAAGUGAAACCCGAAGAGACGACGGAAGUGAUCGAAGUGACGGAGGUGACCACCACCGAGACGACCGAGGAAACCGUGGACGAGACCGAUGUGAAGGAGGGCAAGAAGCCCAAGUCGAAGAAAAACCGCAAGCCGAAGCGCAAGCCGACUGCGGGCACGACCGAGGACGAGACCACGGAGGUGACGGAAGUGACUACUGAGACGGUUGUAGUGACCGAGGAAGUGCCAGCCACUACGGAGGAGACGACGGAGGUGACGGAAGUGACCACCGAGACGUUCGAUAUCACGGAAGUGAAACCCGAAGAGACGACGGAAGUGAUCGAAGUGACGGAAGUGACCACCACCGAGACGACCGAGGAAACCGUGGACGAGACCGAUGUGAAGGAGGGCAAGAAGCCCAAGUCGAAGAAAAACCGCAAGCCGAAGCGCAAGCCGACUGCGGGCACGACCGAGGACGAGACCACGGAGGUGACGGAAGUGACUACUGAGACGGUUGUAGUGACCGAGGAAGUGCCAGCCACUACGGAGGAGACGACGGAGGUGACGGAAGUGACCACCGAGACGUUCGAUAUCACGGAAGUGAAACCCGAAGAGACGACGGAAGUGAUCGAAGUGACGGAAGUGACCACCACCGAGACGACCGAGGAGACCGUGGACGAGACCGAUGUGAAGGAGGGCAAGAAGCCCAAGUCGAAGAAAAACCGCAAGCCGAAGCGCAAGCCGACUGCGGGCACGACCGAGGACGAGACCACGGAGGUGACGGAAGUGACUACUGAGACGGUUGUAGUGACCGAGGAAGUGCCAGCCACUACGGAGGAGACGACCGAGGUGACGGAAGUGACCACCGAGACGGGCGAUAUCACGGAAGUGAAACCCGAAGAGACGACGGAAGUGAUCGAAGUGACGGAAGUGACCACCACUGAGACGUUCGAUAUCACGGAAGUGAAACCCGAAGAGACGACGGAAGUGAUCGAAGUGACGGAAGUGACCACCACCGAGACGACCGAGGAGACCGUGGACGAGACCGAUGUGAAGGAGGGCAAGAAGCCCAAGUCGAAGAAAAACCGCAAGCCGAAGCGCAAGCCGACUGCGGGCACGAUCGAGGACGAGACCACGGAGGUGACGGAAGUGACUACUGAGACGGUUGUAGUGACCGAGGAAGUGCCAGCCACUACGGAGGAGACGACCGAGGUGACGGAAGUGACCACCGAGACGUUCGAUAUCACGGAAGUGAAACCCGAAGAGACGACGGAAGUGAUCGAAGUGACGGAGGUGACCACCACCGAGACGACCGAGGAAACCGUGGACGAGACCGAUGUGAAGGAGGGCAAGAAGCCCAAGUCGAAGAAAAACCGCAAGCCGAAGCGCAAGCCGACUGCGGGCACGACCGAGGACGAGACCACGGAGGUGACGGAAGUGACUACUGAGACGGUUGUAGUGACCGAGGAAGUGCCAGCCACUACGGAGGAGACGACGGAGGUGACGGAAGUGACCACCGAGACGUUCGAUAUCACGGAAGUGAAACCCGAAGAGACGACGGAAGUGAUCGAAGUGACGGAAGUGACCACCACCGAGACGACCGAGGAGACCGUGGACGAGACCGAUGUGAAGGAGGGCAAGAAGCCCAAGUCGAAGAAAAACCGCAAGCCGAAGCGCAAGCCGACUGCGGGCACGACCGAGGACGAGACCACGGAGGUGACGGAAGUGACUACUGAGACGGUUGUAGUGACCGAGGAAGUGCCAGCCACUACGGAGGAGACGACGGAGGUGACGGAAGUGACCACCGAGACGUUCGAUAUCACGGAAGUGAAACCCGAAGAGACGACGGAAGUGAUCGAAGUGACGGAAGUGACCACCACCGAGACGACCGAGGAGACCGUGGACGAGACCGAUGUGAAGGAGGGCAAGAAGCCCAAGUCGAAGAAAAACCGCAAGCCGAAGCGCAAGCCGACUGCGGGCACGACCGAGGACGAGACCACGGAGGUGACGGAAGUGACUACUGAGACGGUUGUAGUGACCGAGGAAGUGCCAGCCACUACGGAGGAGACGACGGAGGUGACGGAAGUGACCACCGAGACGUUCGAUAUCACGGAAGUGAAACCCGAAGAGACGACGGAAGUGAUCGAAGUGACGGAAGUGACCACCACCGAGACGACCGAGGAGACCGUGGACGAGACCGAUGUGAAGGAGGGCAAGAAGCCCAAGUCGAAGAAAAACCGCAAGCCGAAGCGCAAGCCGACUGCGGGCACGACCGAGGACGAGACCACGGAGGUGACGGAAGUGACUACUGAGACGGUUGUAGUGACCGAGGAAGUGCCAGCCACUACGGAGGAGACGACGGAGGUGACGGAAGUGACCACCGAGACGUUCGAUAUCACGGAAGUGAAACCCGAAGAGACGACGGAAGUGAUCGAAGUGACGGAAGUGACCACCACCGAGACGACCGAGGAGACCGUGGACGAGACCGAUGUGAAGGAGGGCAAGAAGCCCAAGUCGAAGAAAAACCGCAAGCCGAAGCGCAAGCCGACUGCGGGCACGACCGAGGACGAGACCACGGAGGUGACGGAAGUGACUACUGAGACGGUUGUAGUGACCGAGGAAGUGCCAGCCACUACGGAGGAGACGACCGAGGUGACGGAAGUGACCACCGAGACGUUCGAUAUCACGGAAGUGAAACCCGAAGAGACGACGGAAGUGAUCGAAGUGACGGAAGUGACCACCACUGAGACGUUCGAUAUCACGGAAGUGAAACCCGAAGAGACGACGGAAGUGAUCGAAGUGACGGAAGUGACCACCACCGAGACGACCGAGGAGACCGUGGACGAGACCGAUGUGAAGGAGGGCAAGAAGCCCAAGUCGAAGAAAAACCGCAAGCCGAAGCGCAAGCCGACUGCGGGCACGAUCGAGGACGAGACCACGGAGGUGACGGAAGUGACUACUGAGACGGUUGUAGUGACCGAGGAAGUGCCAGCCACUACGGAGGAGACGACCGAGGUGACGGAAGUGACCACCGAGACGUUCGAUAUCACGGAAGUGAAACCCGAAGAGACGACGGAAGUGAUCGAAGUGACGGAGGUGACCACCACCGAGACGACCGAGGAAACCGUGGACGAGACCGAUGUGAAGGAGGGCAAGAAGCCCAAGUCGAAGAAAAACCGCAAGCCGAAGCGCAAGCCGACUGCGGGCACGACCGAGGACGAGACCACGGAGGUGACGGAAGUGACUACUGAGACGGUUGUAGUGACCGAGGAAGUGCCAGCCACUACGGAGGAGACGACGGAGGUGACGGAAGUGACCACCGAGACGUUCGAUAUCACGGAAGUGAAACCCGAAGAGACGACGGAAGUGAUCGAAGUGACGGAAGUGACCACCACCGAGACGACCGAGGAGACCGUGGACGAGACCGAUGUGAAGGAGGGCAAGAAGCCCAAGUCGAAGAAAAACCGCAAGCCGAAGCGCAAGCCGACUGCGGGCACGACCGAGGACGAGACCACGGAGGUGACGGAAGUGACUACUGAGACGGUUGUAGUGACCGAGGAAGUGCCAGCCACUACGGAGGAGACGACCGAGGUGACGGAAGUGACCACCGAGACGGGCGAUAUCACGGAAGUGAAACCCGAAGAGACGACGGAAGUGAUCGAAGUGACGGAAGUGACCACCACUGAGACGUUCGAUAUCACGGAAGUGAAACCCGAAGAGACGACGGAAGUGAUCGAAGUGACGGAGGUGACCACCACCGAGACGACCGAGGAAACCGUGGACGAGACCGAUGUGAAGGAGGGCAAGAAGCCCAAGUCGAAGAAAAACCGCAAGCCGAAGCGCAAGCCGACUGCGGGCACGACCGAGGACGAGACCACGGAGGUGACGGAAGUGACUACUGAGACGGUUGUAGUGACCGAGGAAGUGCCAGCCACUACGGAGGAGACGACCGAGGUGACGGAAGUGACCACCGAGACGUUCGAUAUCACGGAAGUGAAACCCGAAGAGACGACGGAAGUGAUCGAAGUGACGGAAGUGACCACCACCGAGACGACCGAGGAAACCGUGGACGAGACCGAUGUGAAGGAGGGCAAGAAGCCCAAGUCGAAGAAAAACCGCAAGCCGAAGCGCAAGCCGACUGCGGGCACGACCGAGGACGAGACCACGGAGGUGACGGAAGUGACUACUGAGACGGUUGUAGUGACCGAGGAAGUGCCAGCCACUACGGAGGAGACGACGGAGUACGGACCGUUCGAUAUCACGGAAGUGAAACCCGAAGAGACGACGGAAGUGAUCGAAGUGACGGAAGUGACCACCACCGAGACGACCGAGGAAACCGUGGACGAGACCGAUGUGAAGGAGGGCAAGAAGCCCAAGUCGAAGAAAAACCGCAAGCCGAAGCGCAAGCCGACUGCGGGCACGAUCGAGGACGAGACCACGGAGGUGACGGAAGUGACUACUGAGACGGUUGUAGUGACCGAGGAAGUGCCAGCCACUACGGAGGAGACGACCGAGGUGACGGAAGUGACCACCGAGACGUUCGAUAUCACGGAAGUGAAACCCGAAGAGACGACGGAAGUGAUCGAAGUGACGGAAGUGACCACCACCGAGACGACCGAGGAAACCGUGGACGAGACCGAUGUGAAGGAGGGCAAGAAGCCCAAGUCGAAGAAAAACCGCAAGCCGAAGCGCAAGCCGACUGCGGGCACGACCGAGGACGAGACCACGGAGGUGACGGAAGUGACUACUGAGACGGUUGUAGUGACCGAGGAAGUGCCAGCCACUACGGAGGAGACGACCGAGGUGACGGAAGUGACCACCGAGACGUUCGAUAUCACGGAAGUGAAACCCGAAGAGACGACGGAAGUGAUCGAAGUGACGGAAGUGACCACCACCGAGACGACCGAGGAGACCGUGGACGAGACCGAUGUGAAGGAGGGCAAGAAGCCCAAGUCGAAGAAAAACCGCAAGCCGAAGCGCAAGCCGACUGCGGGCACGACCGAGGACGAGACCACGGAGGUGACGGAAGUGACUACUGAGACGGUUGUAGUGACCGAGGAAGUGCCAGCCACUACGGAGGAGACGACCGAGGUGACGGAAGUGACCACCGAGACGUUCGAUAUCACGGAAGUGAAACCCGAAGAGACGACGGAAGUGAUCGAAGUGACGGAAGUGACCACCACCGAGACGACCGAGGAGACCGUGGACGAGACCGAUGUGAAGGAGGGCAAGAAGCCCAAGUCGAAGAAAAACCGCAAGCCGAAGCGCAAGCCGACUGCGGGCACGACCGAGGACGAGACCACGGAGGUGACGGAAGUGACUACUGAGACGGUUGUAGUGACCGAGGAAGUGCCAGCCACUACGGAGGAGACGACCGAGACGACGGAAGUGAUCGAAGUGACGGAAGUGACCACCACCGAGACGACCGAGGAAACCGUGGACGAGACCGAUGUGAAGGAGGGCAAGAAGCCCAAGUCGAAGAAAAACCGCAAGCCGAAGCGCAAGCCGACUGCGGGCACGACCGAGGACGAGACCACGGAGGUGACGGAGGUGAAAGUGACUACUGAGACGGUUGUAGUGACCGAGGAAGUGCCAGCUACUACGGAGGAGACGACCGAGGUGACGGAAGUGACCACCGAGACGUUCGAUAUCACGGAAGUGAAACCCGAAGAGACGACGGAAGUGAUCGAAGUGACGGAAGUGACCACCACCGAGACGACCGAGGAAACCGUGGACGAGACCGAUGUGAAGGAGGGCAAGAAGCCCAAGUCGAAGAAAAACCGCAAGCCGAAGCGCAAGCCGACUGCGGGCACGAUCGAGGACGAGACCACGGAGGUGACGGAAGUGACUACUGAGACGGUUGUAGUGACCGAGGAAGUGCCAGCCACUACGGAGGAGACGACCGAGGUGACGGAAGUGACCACCGAGACGUUCGAUAUCACGGAAGUGAAACCCGAAGAGACGACGGAAGUGAUCGAAGUGACGGAAGUGACCACCACCGAGACGACCGAGGAAACCGUGGACGAGACCGAUGUGAAGGAGGGCAAGAAGCCCAAGUCGAAGAAAAACCGCAAGCCGAAGCGCAAGCCGACUGCGGGCACGACCGAGGACGAGACCACGGAGGUGACGGAGGUGACGGAAGUAACUACUGAGACGGUUGUAGUGACCGAGGAAGUGCCAGCUACUACGGAGGAGACGACCGAGGUGACGGAAGUGACCACCGAGACGUUCGAUAUCACGGAAGUGAAACCCGAAGAGACGACGGAAGUGAUCGAAGUGACGGAAGUGACCACCACCGAGACGACCGAGGAAACCGUGGACGAGACCGAUGUGAAGGAGGGCAAGAAGCCCAAGUCGAAGAAAAACCGCAAGCCGAAGCGCAAGCCGACUGCGGGCACGACCGAGGACGAGACCACGGAGGUGACGGAAGUGACUACUGAGACGGUUGUAGUGACCGAGGAAGUGCCAGCCACUACGGAGGAGACGACGGAGGUGACGGAAGUGACCACCGAGACGUUCGAUAUCACGGAAGUGAAACCCGAAGAGACGACGGAAGUGAUCGAAGUGACGGAAGUGACCACCACCGAGACGACCGAGGAAACCGUGGACGAGACCGAUGUGAAGGAGGGCAAGAAGCCCAAGUCGAAGAAAAACCGCAAGCCGAAGCGCAAGCCGACUGCGGGCACGACCGAGGACGAGACCACGGAGGUGACGGAAGUGACUACUGAGACGGUUGUAGUGACCGAGGAAGUGCCAGCCACUACGGAGGAGACGACCGAGACGACGGAAGUGAUCGAAGUGACGGAAGUGACCACCACCGAGACGACCGAGGAAACCGUGGACGAGACCGAUGUGAAGGAGGGCAAGAAGCCCAAGUCGAAGAAAAACCGCAAGCCGAAGCGCAAGCCGACUGCGGGCACGACCGAGGACGAGACCACGGAGGUGACGGAGGUGACGGAAGUAACUACUGAGACGGUUGUAGUGACCGAGGAAGUGCCAGCUACUACGGAGGAGACGACCGAGGUGACGGAAGUGACCACCGAGACGUUCGAUAUCACGGAAGUGAAACCCGAAGAGACGACGGAAGUGAUCGAAGUGACGGAAGUGACCACCACCGAGACGACCGAGGAAACCGUGGACGAGACCGAUGUGAAGGAGGGCAAGAAGCCCAAGUCGAAGAAAAACCGCAAGCCGAAGCGCAAGCCGACUGCGGGCACGACCGAGGACGAGACCACGGAGGUGACGGAAGUGACGGAAGUAACUACUGAGACGGUUGUAGUGACCGAGGAAGUGCCAGCUACUACGGAGGAGACGACCGAGGUGACGGAAGUGACCACCGAGACGUUCGAUAUCACGGAAGUGAAACCCGAAGAGACGACGGAAGUGAUCGAAGUGACGGAAGUGACCACCACCGAGACGACCGAGGAAACCGUGGACGAGACCGAUGUGAAGGAGGGCAAGAAGCCCAAGUCGAAGAAAAACCGCAAGCCGAAGCGCAAGCCGACUGCGGGCACGAUCGAGGACGAGACCACGGAGGUGACGGAGGUGACGGAAGUGACUACUGAGACGGUUGUAGUGACCGAGGAAGUACCAGCCACUACGGAGGAGACGACGGAGGUGACGGAAGUGACCACCGAGACGUUCGAUAUCACGGAAGUGAAACCCGAAGAGACGACGGAAGUGAUCGAAGUGACGGAAGUGACCACCACCGAGACGACCGAGGAAACCGUGGUCGAGACCGAUGUGAAGGAGGGCAAGAAGCCCAAGUCGAAGAAAAACCGCAAGCCGAAGCGCAAGCCGACUGCGGGCACGACCGAGGACGAGACCACGGAGGUGACGGAGGUGACGGAAGUAACUACUGAGACGGUUGUAGUGACCGAGGAAGUGCCAGCCACUACGGAGGAGACGACCGAGGUGACGGAAGUGACCACCGAGACGUUCGAUAUCACGGAAGUGAAACCCGAAGAGACGACGGAAGUGAUCGAAGUGACGGAAGUGACCACCACCGAGACGACCGAGGAAACCGUGGACGAGACCGAUGUGAAGGAGGGCAAGAAGCCCAAGUCGAAGAAAAACCGCAAGCCGAAGCGCAAGCCGACUGCGGGCACGACCGAGGACGAGACCACGGAGGUGACGGAGGUGACGGAAGUAACUACUGAGACGGUUGUAGUGACCGAGGAAGUGCCAGCUACUACGGAGGAGACGACCGAGGUGACGGAAGUGACCACUGAGACGUUCGAUAUCACGGAAGUGAAACCCGAAGAGACGACGGAAGUGAUCGAAGUGACGGAAGUGACCACCACCGAGACGACCGAGGAAACCGUGGACGAGACCGAUGUGAAGGAGGGCAAGAAGCCCAAGUCGAAGAAAAACCGCAAGCCGAAGCGCAAGCCGACUGCGGGCACGACCGAGGACGAGACCACGGAGGUGACGGAGGUGACGGAAGUGACUACUGAGACGGUUGUAGUGACCGAGGAAGUGCCAGCUACUACGGAGGAGACGACCGAGGUGACGGAAGUGACCACCGAGACGUUCGAUAUCACGGAAGUGAAACCCGAAGAGACGACGGAAGUGAUCGAAGUGACGGAAGUGACCACCACCGAGACGACCGAGGAGACCGUGGACGAGACCGAUGUGAAGGAGGGCAAGAAGCCCAAUGACCGAGGAAGUGCCAGCCACUACGGAGGAGACGACCGAGGUGACGGAAGUGACCACCAUGAGACGUUCGAUAUCACGGAAGUGAAACCCGAAGAGACGACGGAAGUGAUCGAAGUGACGGAAGUGACCACCACCGAGACGACCGAGGAAACCGUGGACGAGACCGAUGUGAAGGAGGGCAAGAAGCCCAAGUCGAAGAAAAACCGCAAGCCGAAGCGCAAGCCGACUGCGGGCACGACCGAGGACGAGACCACGGAGGUGACGGAAGUGACGGAAGUAACUACUGAGACGGUUGUAGUGACCGAGGAAGUGCCAGCCACUACGGAGGAGACGACCGAGGUGACGGAAGUGACCACCGAGACGUUCGAUAUCACGGAAGUGAAACCCGAAGAGACGACGGAAGUGAUCGAAGUGACGGAAGUGACCACCACCGAGACGACCGAGGAAACCGUGGACGAGACCGAUGUGAAGGAGGGCAAGAAGCCCAAGUCGAAGAAAAACCGCAAGCCGAAGCGCAAGCCGACUGCGGGCACGACCGAGGACGAGACCACGGAGGUGACGGAGGUGACGGAAGUGACUACUGAGACGGUUGUAGUGACCGAGGAAGUGCCAGCUACUACGGAGGAGACGACCGAGGUGACGGAAGUGACCACCGAGACGUUCGAUAUCACGGAAGUGAAACCCGAAGAGACGACGGAAGUGAUCGAAGUGACGGAAGUGACCACCACCGAGACGACCGAGGAAACCGUGGACGAGACCGAUGUGAAGGAGGGCAAGAAGCCCAAGUCGAAGAAAAACCGCAAGCCGAAGCGCAAGCCGACUGCGGGCACGACCGAGGACGAGACCACGGAGGUGACGGAAGUGACUACUGAGACGGUUGUAGUGACCGAGGAAGUGCCAGCCACUACGGAGGAGACGACCGAGACGACGGAAGUGAUCGAAGUGACGGAAGUGACCACCACCGAGACGACCGAGGAAACCGUGGACGAGACCGAUGUGAAGGAGGGCAAGAAGCCCAAGUCGAAGAAAAACCGCAAGCCGAAGCGCAAGCCGACUGCGGGCACGACCGAGGACGAGACCACGGAGGUGACGGAGGUGACGGAAGUAACUACUGAGACGGUUGUAGUGACCGAGGAAGUGCCAGCUACUACGGAGGAGACGACCGAGGUGACGGAAGUGACCACCGAGACGUUCGAUAUCACGGAAGUGAAACCCGAAGAGACGACGGAAGUGAUCGAAGUGACGGAAGUGACCACCACCGAGACGACCGAGGAAACCGUGGACGAGACCGAUGUGAAGGAGGGCAAGAAGCCCAAGUCGAAGAAAAACCGCAAGCCGAAGCGCAAGCCGACUGCGGGCACGACCGAGGACGAGACCACGGAGGUGACGGAGGUGACGGAAGUAACUACUGAGACGGUUGUAGUGACCGAGGAAGUGCCAGCUACUACGGAGGAGACGACCGAGGUGACGGAAGUGACCACCGAGACGUUCGAUAUCACGGAAGUGAAACCCGAAGAGACGACGGAAGUGAUCGAAGUGACGGAAGUGACCACCACCGAGACGACCGAGGAAACCGUGGACGAGACCGAUGUGAAGGAGGGCAAGAAGCCCAAGUCGAAGAAAAACCGCAAGCCGAAGCGCAAGCCGACUGCGGGCACGACCGAGGACGAGACCACGGAGGUGACGGAGGUGACGGAAGUAACUACUGAGACGGUUGUAGUGACCGAGGAAGUGCCAGCUACUACGGAGGAGACGACCGAGGUGACGGAAGUGACCACCGAGACGUUCGAUAUCACGGAAGUGAAACCCGAAGAGACGACGGAAGUGAUCGAAGUGACGGAAGUGACCACCACCGAGACGACCGAGGAAACCGUGGACGAGACCGAUGUGAAGGAGGGCAAGAAGCCCAAGUCGAAGAAAAACCGCAAGCCGAAGCGCAAGCCGACUGCGGGCACGACCGAGGACGAGACCACGGAGGUGACGGAGGUGACGGAAGUAACUACUGAGACGGUUGUAGUGACCGAGGAAGUGCCAGCUACUACGGAGGAGACGACCGAGGUGACGGAAGUGACCACCGAGACGUUCGAUAUCACGGAAGUGAAACCCGAAGAGACGACGGAAGUGAUCGAAGUGACGGAAGUGACCACCACCGAGACGACCGAGGAAACCGUGGACGAGACCGAUGUGAAGGAGGGCAAGAAGCCCAAGUCGAAGAAAAACCGCAAGCCGAAGCGCAAGCCGACUGCGGGCACGACCGAGGACGAGACCACGGAGGUGACGGAAGUAACUACUGAGACGGUUGUAGUGACCGAGGAAGUGCCAGCUACUACGGAGGAGACGACCGAGGUGACGGAAGUGACCACCGAGACGUUCGAUAUCACGGAAGUGAAACCCGAAGAGACGACGGAAGUGAUCGAAGUGACGGAAGUGACCACCACCGAGACGACCGAGGAAACCGUGGACGAGACCGAUGUGAAGGAGGGCAAGAAGCCCAAGUCGAAGAAAAACCGCAAGCCGAAGCGCAAGCCGACUGCGGGCACGACCGAGGACGAGACCACGGAGGUGACGGAAGUAACUACUGAGACGGUUGUAGUGACCGAGGAAGUGCCAGCCACUACGGAGGAGACGACCGAGACGACGGAAGUGAUCGAAGUGACGGAAGUGACCACCACCGAGACGACCGAGGAAACCGUGGACGAGACCGAUGUGAAGGAGGGCAAGAAGCCCAAGUCGAAGAAAAACCGCAAGCCGAAGCGCAAGCCGACUGCGGGCACGACCGAGGACGAGACCACGGAGGUGACGGAAGUAACUACUGAGACGGUUGUAGUGACCGAGGAAGUGCCAGCUACUACGGAGGAGACGACCGAGGUGACGGAAGUGACCACCGAGACGUUCGAUAUCACGGAAGUGAAACCCGAAGAGACGACGGAAGUGAUCGAAGUGACGGAAGUGACCACCACCGAGACGACCGAGGAAACCGUGGACGAGACCGAUGUGAAGGAGGGCAAGAAGCCCAAGUCGAAGAAAAACCGCAAGCCGAAGCGCAAGCCGACUGCGGGCACGACCGAGGACGAGACCACGGAGGUGACGGAGGUGACGGAAGUAACUACUGAGACGGUUGUAGUGACCGAGGAAGUGCCAGCUACUACGGAGGAGACGACCGAGGUGACGGAAGUGACCACCGAGACGUUCGAUAUCACGGAAGUGAAACCCGAAGAGACGACGGAAGUGAUCGAAGUGACGGAAGUGACCACCACCGAGACGACCGAGGAGACCGUGGACGAGACCGAUGUGAAGGAGGGCAAGAAGCCCAAGUCGAAGAAAAACCGCAAGCCGAAGCGCAAGCCGACUGCGGGCACGACCGAGGACGAGACCACGGAGGUGACGGAGGUGACGGAAGUAACUACUGAGACGGUUGUAGUGACCGAGGAAGUGCCAGCUACUACGGAGGAGACGACCGAGGUGACGGAAGUGACCACCGAGACGUUCGAUAUCACGGAAGUGAAACCCGAAGAGACGACGGAAGUGAUCGAAGUGACGGAAGUGACCACCACCGAGACGACCGAGGAAACCGUGGACGAGACCGAUGUGAAGGAGGGCAAGAAGCCCAAGUCGAAGAAAAACCGCAAGCCGAAGCGCAAGCCGACUGCGGGCACGACCGAGGACGAGACCACGGAGGUGACGGAGGUGACGGAAGUAACUACUGAGACGGUUGUAGUGACCGAGGAAGUGCCAGCUACUACGGAGGAGACGACCGAGGUGACGGAAGUGACCACCGAGACGUUCGAUAUCACGGAAGUGAAACCCGAAGAGACGACGGAAGUGAUCGAAGUGACGGAAGUGACCACCACCGAGACGACCGAGGAAACCGUGGACGAGACCGAUGUGAAGGAGGGCAAGAAGCCCAAGUCGAAGAAAAACCGCAAGCCGAAGCGCAAGCCGACUGCGGGCACGACCGAGGACGAGACCACGGAGGUGACGGAAGUAACUACUGAGACGGUUGUAGUGACCGAGGAAGUGCCAGCUACUACGGAGGAGACGACCGAGACGACGGAAGUGAUCGAAGUGACGGAAGUGACCACCACCGAGACGACCGAGGAAACCGUGGACGAGACCGAUGUGAAGGAGGGCAAGAAGCCCAAGUCGAAGAAGAACCGCAAGCCGAAGCGCAAGCCGACUGCGGGCACGACCGAGGACGAGACCACGGAGGUGACGGAAGUAACUACUGAGACGGUUGUAGUGACCGAGGAAGUGCCAGCUACUACGGAGGAGACGACCGAGGUGACGGAAGUGACCACCGAGACGUUCGAUAUCACGGAAGUGAAACCCGAAGAGACGACGGAAGUGAUCGAAGUGACGGAAGUGACCACCACCGAGACGACCGAGGAAACCGUGGACGAGACCGAUGUGAAGGAGGGCAAGAAGCCCAAGUCGAAGAAAAACCGCAAGCCGAAGCGCAAGCCGACUGCGGGCACGAUCGAGGACGAGACCACGGAGGUGACGGAAGUGACUACUGAGACGGUUGUAGUGACCGAGGAAGUGCCAGCCACUACGGAGGAGACGACCGAGGUGACGGAAGUGACCACCGAGACGUUCGAUAUCACGGAAGUGAAACCCGAAGAGACGACGGAAGUGAUCGAAGUGACGGAGGUGACCACCACCGAGACGACCGAGGAAACCGUGGACGAGACCGAUGUGAAGGAGGGCAAGAAGCCCAAGUCGAAGAAAAACCGCAAGCCGAAGCGCAAGCCGACUGCGGGCACGACCGAGGACGAGACCACGGAGGUGACGGAGGUGACGGAAGUAACUACUGAGACGGUUGUAGUGACCGAGGAAGUGCCAGCCACUACGGAGGAGACGACCGAGGUGACGGAAGUGACCACCGAGACGUUCGAUAUCACGGAAGUGAAACCCGAAGAGACGACGGAAGUGAUCGAAACGGUUGUAGUGACCGAGGAAGUGCCAGCUACUACGGAGGAGACGACCGAGGUGACGGAAGUGACCACCGAGACGUUCGAUAUCACGGAAGUGAAACCCGAAGAGACGACGGAAGUGAUCGAAGUGACGGAAGUGACCACCACCGAGACGACCGAGGAAACCGUGGACGAGACCGAUGUGAAGGAGGGCAAGAAGCCCAAGUCGAAGAAAAACCGCAAGCCGAAGCGCAAGCCGACUGCGGGCACGACCGAGGACGAGACCACGGAGGUGACGGAAGUGACUACUGAGACGGUUGUAGUGACCGAGGAAGUGCCAGCUACUACGGAGGAGACGACCGAGGUGACGGAAGUGACCACCGAGACGUUCGAUAUCACGGAAGUGAAACCCGAAGAGACGACGGAAGUGAUCGAAGUGACGGAAGUGACUACUACCGAGACGACCGAGGAAACCGUGGACGAGACCGAUGUGAAGGAGGGCAAGAAGCCCAAGUCGAAGAAAAACCGCAAGCCGAAGCGCAAGCCGACUGCGGGCACGACCGAGGACGAGACCACGGAGGAGACGACCGAGGUGACGGAAGUGACCACCGAGACGUUCGAUAUCACGGAAGUGAAACCCGAAGAGACGACGGAAGUGAUCGAAGUGACGGAAGUGACCACCACCGAGACGACCGAGGAAACCGUGGACGAGACCGAUGUGAAGGAGGGCAAGAAGCCCAAGUCGAAGAAGAACCGCAAGCCGAAGCGCAAGCCGACUGCGGGCACGACCGAGGACGAGACCACGGAGGUGACGGAGGUGACGGAAGUAACUACUGAGACGGUUGUAGUGACCGAGGAAGUGCCAGCUACUACGGAGGAGACGACCGAGGUGACGGAAGUGACCACCGAGACGUUCGAUAUCACGGAAGUGACCACCACCGAGACGACCGAGGAAACCGUGGACGAGACCGAUGUGAAGGAGGGCAAGAAGCCCAAGUCGAAGAAAAACCGCAAGCCGAAGCGCAAGCCGACUGCGGGCACGACCGAGGACGAGACCACGGAGGUGACGGAAGUGACUACUGAGACGGUUGUAGUGACCGAGGAAGUGCCAGCUACUACGGAGGAGACGACCGAGGUGACGGAAGUGACCACCGAGACGUUCGAUAUCACGGAAGUGAAACCCGAAGAGACGACGGAAGUGAUCGAAGAGGGCAAGAAGCCCAAGUCGAAGAAGAACCGCAAGCCGAAGCGCAAGCCGACUGCGGGCACGACCGAGGACGAGACCACGGAGGUGACGGAGGUGACGGAAGUGACUACUGAGACGGUUGUAGUGACCGAGGAAGUGCCAGCUACUACGGAGGAGACGACCGAGGUGACGGAAGUGACCACCGAGACGUUCGAUAUCACGGAAGUGACCACCACCGAGACGACCGAGGAAACCGUGGACGAGACCGAUGUGAAGGAGGGCAAGAAGCCCAAGUCGAAGAAAAACCGCAAGCCGAAGCGCAAGCCGACUGCGGGCACGACCGAGGACGAGACCACGGAGGUGACGGAAGUGACGGAAGUAACUACUGAGACGGUUGUAGUGACCGAGGAAGUGCCAGCUACUACGGAGGAGACGACCGAGGUGACGGAAGUGACCACCGAGACGUUCGAUAUCACGGAAGUGAAACCCGAAGAGACGACGGAAGUGAUCGAAGUGACGGAAGUGACCACCACCGAGACGACCGAGGAAACCGUGGACGAGACCGAUGUGAAGGAGGGCAAGAAGCCCAAGUCGAAGAAAAACCGCAAGCCGAAGCGCAACCCGACUGCGGGCACGACCGAGGACGAGACCACGGAGGUGACGGAGGUGACGGAAGUAACUACUGAGACGGUUGUAGUGACCGAGGAAACCCGCAAGCCGACUGCGGGCACGACCGAGGACGAGACCACGGAGGUGACGGAGGUGACGGAAGUAACUACUGAGACGGUUGUAGUGACCGAGGAAACCGUGGACGAGACCGAUGUGAAGGAGGGCAAGAAGCCCAAGUCGAAGAAAAACCGCAAGCCGAAGCGCAAGCCGACUGCGGGCACGACCGAGGACGAGACCACGGAGGUGACGGAAGUGACUACUGAGACGGUUGUAGUGACCGAGGAAGUACCAGCUACUACGGAGGAGACGACCGAGGUGACGGAAGUGACCACCGAGACGUUCGAUAUCACGGAAGUGAAACCCGAAGAGACGACGGAAGUGAUCGAAGUGACGGAAGUGACCACCACCGAGACGACCGAGGAAACCGUGGACGAGACCGAUGUGAAGGAGGGCAAGAAGCCCAAGUCGAAGAAAAACCGCAAGCCGAAGCGCAAGCCGACUGCGGGCACGAUCGAGGACGAGACCACGGAGGUGACGGAGGUGACGGAAGUAACUACUGAGACGGUUGUAGUGACCGAGGAAGUGCCAGCUACUACGGAGGAGACGACCGAGGUGACGGAAGUGACCACCGAGACGUUCGAUAUCACGGAAGUGAAACCCGAAGAGACGACGGAAGUGAUCGAAGUGACGGAAGUGACUACUACCGAGACGACCGAGGAAACCGUGGACGAGACCGAUGUGAAGGAGGGCAAGAAGCCCAAGUCGAAGAAAAACCGCAAGCCGAAGCACAAGCCGACUGCGGGCACGACCGAGGACGAGACCACGGAGGUGACGGAGGUGACGGAAGUAACUACUGAGACGGUUGUAGUGACCGAGGAAGUGCCAGCCACUAGGGAGGAGACGACCGAGGUGACGGAAGUGACCACCGAGACGUUCGAUAUCACGGAAGUGAAACCCGAAGAGACGACGGAAGUGAUCGAAGUGACGGAAGUGACCACCACCGAGACGACCGAGGAAACCGUGGACGAGACCGAUGUGAAGGAGGGCAAGAAGCCCAAGUCGAAGAAAAACCGCAAGCCGAAGCGCAAGCCGACUGCGGGCACGACCGAGGACGAGACCACGGAGGUGACGGAAGUGACUACUGAGACGGUUGUAGUGACCGAGGAAGUGCCAGCUACUACGGAGGAGACGACCGAGGUGACGGAAGUGACCACCGAGACGUUCGAUAUCACGGAAGUGAAGCUCGAAGAGACGACGGAAGUGGCUACUGAGAGAAUUAUUGUGACUGAGGAAGUGACAGAUGAGACGAGCACAUCUGUGGAGAUGGAGACGCGCGAGGAGAUCGAGGACAGUAGCGCCACGACUUCGAGGACGUCCGUGUCAGACGCGACUCUUGUUAGCUCUACUACGACGGAAGAGAUGGAUGAGGACGGCUCUGCUGGCGCCACGGUGAAGACCGAGGUGUUCCGCACGACGGGAGCGAACGGAAGCAUUAUCACCAAGACGACAACGACGGAGACGCAGACGGUGACAGGUGAGACGAGCACAUCUGUGGAGAUGGAGACGCGCGAAGAAGAAGAUGAAGGUGUUGUUAAUGUCAUUCGCGCUGGUGGUAAUAAAGGUACGGAAGGUGGCAAGUGUAAUGCGACUGAGUCAAACUGGGAGAAAAUGGCCACUGGAGUAUCCGCCCAAAGAACAGGCAAAGAUUCUGCUUGGUCGCAGAUGAAGCGGCGCCGUCUCGUGAAGACUUGGCUUCCUGAGUUUGUGUCCUAUGUGCAGCGUCGUGGACGAAAUUUGUCGAAAACCACGCCGAGGAAGGAACUGCUGAUCUUUGCUCGUGACUUUUGCGACCAAAACUUUGUUCGCUUCGAGGAUGGAUUCUUCAACACGGGCACUUACGAAGAAAAGCGAAUCACAUGGACUAUUGCGCGCUCUCUGUCCUUUCACUACCCUGGUGUCGCUGUGCAACAGCUAGGCCUCGGUGUAGGAGCGUUCCAGCGGACGCUACUGAUAGACGAGGUGUGCCGAACCCGCACUGGUCCCGAUGGUGCUCGGAUGGCCGAAGUCGAGUUCGUGCUGUCGGCGCUUCAGGUUGUGCCGAAAAAGUGUGCGUACUACGAAGAUGUUUUGAUUCUGGAGAAUGGUGAAGUGCUAUUCCACGGCACUGGUGAAGCUCUGGUCAUAUAUUUCCAGGAACUCGGCUUCGUAUGUGCUCCAGGUGUGAAUGUGUCCGACUACUUGCUUAACCUGACUGAAGAGCAGCAGAAGUACCACCAGGUCACCAUGAUUCAAGGUUUCAACAAUCAACGUCAGUUGCGUCGGAGCCGCAUGUUCUCUGGAAUGUUGAAGUUCGCCGACGAUAUGGUACUCGUUACAGGGGCUCCCGGUGCCGGACGCCCGUCACGGACUAACACACCAAUUAGUAGUCCUGCGCGUAGCAGUGAUACAGCCAGACUGAGUAUGGCGUACUCACCUCCUCGACGUCGACUGACACACCGAUUCGCUCAGGGGUCUCCGGCAAAAUCGCCACUCAGAAUGUCGAUGCGCUCCGCAGCGCAAUUUGAGUCGUUGCCGUCAAGCAACGCGACAAAAGACCUGAAGAUCACGGCGUACUCGUCGCCAGAAAUGGGCAAAGUGACCAAGCCGUUGAGCAGCGCAGAUGCGACAACGACGACGUCGUACUCAUCAUUGCCCGUCCCUACCGGCUCAACCACGACGCGGAAGAUUGCCAUUGAAGACGACUUGACUGUGAUCACAACGGAGAUCAUAUCACCCCGUGGUACGAAGCGAAUGUCUACUACACGUCAGCCUACCAAGAACAGUUCCAACAUCACUCCAUCGUAA